AUGAAUGGAAAUGCACAGUAUGGAUCAACCAAACACUUGGCACCCCCUGCUAGUGUGACGGUGUCAUGGGCGUGGCCAGUACUACACAAACUAGCGCUAUUUCACAUUGCCCCUGCUGGACUGUCGAUAUUAAUGGGCUUUAUAACAAUUUAUGAAAUAAAAAAGAACGAAGUAGUAUUCAACUUUAACACAGCAGCGCCACUAUCUGUAGGAUUCUUGUGUUUACUCUCAGCUGCCUUUCUAUUCGCUGAAUGUAUCCUGCAAUUCAGAAGUAAUUCCAUCGAGAGAAAGUUGACUCCAUUGAUAUGGUUCCACUUCCUAGCCGAAUUCAUAGUCGUAGCUUUGUGUUUGUGGACAACCUUAUGGAACGUUUCCGGUUUGUGUGUGUCGGAGUUAUCCCUCUCUUCAAAAUGUCCUGAAGCCGUAGCAGACGACGACUCUCACUUGUUAGCCGUCAUCGACUUCGUCGUAAUCCUGUGCGUCUGCGUCAACAGCAUGGUUUGUUUCGUUGUCAAGCUAUAUUACCGUCACGACCUCGGUUUAGCCAUAGCAACGGAUCAAAUUUUAGCCAAUCAAAAACAAUUCGAAACAAAUUUGAUUCAGAUGAAUAUAAUGAAAGGAUCUAAGUCACGUGACCGGAUAUCGUUAACUGAAAAUGAUCAAAAUGGCGGCUACAACCAAGACUAUCAUUAUCAACAAUAAGAAUUUUGAAAAUUAUCUUUGAGUGUUAUACGAUUUGAUCAUUUGAAAAUGUGUGGAUGACCUUAGUUUUCGAUUAAUUUCGUUUCGUGAUGAACUAUUCCUGAAUUUGAGUAAAGGCUACCUGUAAAUAUUUAAAAAAAACACAACGCCACGAAAGAACAAUAAAGCAUUCUACAAUAUACAAUAGUUUAUUUAUUUCAAAUGAAUAUUAUAAAGUUUAAGUAUUAAGUAAUGUAGUAUUCUGUGUUUUUUUUUUAUCUAUUUUAUCAUAUAUUAAACUAAAAUUCGGAAAUAAAUUUUCCUUAAAAAAACUGUUCAAUGACAAAAAAUGGAACGAAUAUAUGGAAUUGUGAAUUAAGAAUAAUAAAAAAUUUCUAUUUGAAAUUGUUGAAAAAAUGAUAUUUUUUUGUGACUUAAAAAAAAUAAAAACCUUUGGUUU